AUGUCUGCGCCAGGUGGUGAUGCCCAAGGCAUGAAUGCGGCAGUUCGUGCUGCUGCUGCUACCUGCCUCACCUACGGCGUUAGCGUCUACGCCAUCUACUACGGGUAUCAAGGCAUGGUCGAUGGCGGCGAAAACAUAAAAAAGCUGGACUGGAAGGACAUUAGCAACAUCUCGCAGAUUGGUGGUACCGUCAUUGGGUCAGCGCGAUGCCAAGACUUCCGCACGCACGAGGGCCGUCUCAAGGCCGCCUUCAACCUGGUCAAGAACGACAUCGAUUGCCUGAUUGCCAUUGGUGGUGAUGGCACCCUGACCGGUGCCAACAUGUUCAAGCAAGAGUGGCCCAGUCUUCUCCGGGAGCUGCAGGCCAGCGGUCAGAUCUCGGAAGAAGCUCAUGCCAAGCACGAAUACCUUUCUGUGGUUGGCAUGGUCGGCUCCAUUGAUAAUGACAUGUGCGGCUUUUCAAUGACCAUUGGCUGUGACUCAGCCCUCAAUCGCAUCUGUGAAGCCAUCGAUGCCCUCACCACGACGGCGCAGUCGCAUCAGCGCACCUUUAUCAUCGAAGUGAUGGGACGUAACUGCGGUUUUCUGGCUUUGAUGGCCGCCCUGACCUGUGGGGCUGACUAUGUGCUGUUGCCUGAGCACCCCCCGGAGGCCGACGACUGGGAGGCAGCCAUGUGUGACUCGCUCAAGCGCCGCCGCCGCUACACCAAUUUCAGCCUCAUCGUGCUGGCUGAAGGUGCGACUGACAAGCACCGCAACCACAUCUCAGGCGAAUACGUCAAGAAGGUGUGCUCCGAACGGCUUGGGUAUGACACCCGUGUCACCACCCUGGGACACGUGCAGCGUGGCGGUGCACCUUCCGUCUACGACCGCAUCCUUGCCACACGCUGCGGUGCCGAGGCAGCAUUGGCCGUCCUCAACGCCACCCACGACACACCGGCUCGCAUUGUCGGGACUCGUUGGACUCAAAUGAUUCAGGUGGAUCUGACCGAGGCGGUGGAGCGUACGCGAGAGGUCGGUGCGGCCUUGGAAGCCAAGGACUAUGACCGCGUCAUGGAGCUACGUGGCCGUGCUUUCCGCGAGGAGCUCAACCUCUUUUUCCGGAUUCGCCAACAUCACCAAGAUGAAGCGCCCGAGACGCCGUUCAACGUGCUCGUGAUGCAAAUGGGAGCCCCAGCUGCAGGCAUGAAUGCCGCUUGCAAGGCCGUUGUGCGGGACCUCAUCAAUGGCGGUCACAAGGUUUAUGGCGCCGUUGGUGCCCUUGAAGGUAUUGCCAACGGUGAUCUGAUGGAGCUGCGCUGGGAUCAUGUCAAGGGCUGGGCCAGCAAGGGCGGUGCUGCCCUCGGCACCAACCGCACAAUGCCCGACGAGAUGACCAAUGGCAUGGCCCGUAUCGCCGAACAGCUGCGCACCUACAAUAUCCACGGCAUCAUGGCCGUGGGUGGUUUUGAAGCCUAUACUGCGCUUGGUCAACUCGUGGAUGCGCGCGAUCAGCAUGAGGAAUUCUGCAUCCCCAUCUCUCUCGUGCCCGCCACCAUCAGCAACAACGUGCCUGGCACCUCUCUCUCGCUCGGCUCGGAUACGGCCCUCAACACUAUUGUGGACGCCAUUGACCGCCUCAAGCAAUCAGCACUGUCAUCGCGCAAGCGCCUUUUCAUUGUUGAAACCCAGGGAGCGUACUGUGGCUAUUUGGCCUCGAUGGGUGCUCUUGCCGGUGCUGCUGAUGCGGCCUACUUGUACGAGGAGCGCUUGCGCAUUGAUGAUCUGAUUGAGGAUGUUGAUAUUUUCCGCCGCAAGUUUGAGGAAUUUCAUUGCGCCGUCAUUGUGCGCAACGAGAACAGUAGCAAGAACUACGACAUGGCCUUCCUCAAAUCACUGUUCACGGAAGAAGGCAGUUUCGAUGAGACUCGCCCAGCUCAGGUCCAGUUUACCUGCCGAGACCUUGUGCUUGGGCAUCUGCUUCAGGGUGGCAGCCCCUCGCCACUAGAUCGCCUGCGCGGGGCUCGCUUGGGCGCUGUCUGCACACGCUUUUUGAUUCAUCACAUGACCGAGGGCUGGAAUGGUACCAAGGUCAAGACUUGCACCAACGACUCUGCCUGCGUCAUUGGCAUCAAGGACCGAUUUGAAGUAGCCACACCCUUUAGCCAGCUCAAGUCGGAGACAGACUUUAAGCUGCGCAAGCCCAAGUCAGUCACUAAUCGUGGGGUCCAUGCGUUGUGUUUUCGCUCGACCUCACCUUUUUCUUUUUCUUUUUCUUCCGUGGCGCGCCUGGUUCAGAACGUGCGAGUGGGCCAAUGCAAACCGAUUGAUCCGUGUGCUCGAGGGCACCCUGCGCGAAUCCGACCCCAAAUAUCAGGUGCGGCGCGUCGACUCGGAUUUGCCAAUUGGCAAUUAUUUGUCGAACGCUGA